AUGGUGCUGCCUGAGCAAAGUGAUGAAAACUCCAAUGAUGGCGUUUCUAUGAACACUGUGACGAUGAUGAUGAUGAGUGACAGUAGUCCUCAAGCGAAAAAAGAAAGCCAGCAAAAAAAAUUGAAACAACAACAGCAGCAGCAACAACAACAGCAACAGCAACAAAAUCGAAACUCAUUAUUGGAAACUCAGCUUGAGAAUCUGCCUUCCAACAACAAGAUCAAUAAUAAUGAGGAUGAUGUUAAGGAGAAGAAAAAGAAAAAGAAGAAAAAAGAUAUCAGACGAGUUUCUUCCACAGAAGGCAUGCAUCGAAGAAACGUUUCGUUGGAUACGGAGCUCCUAAAGAUUGAUACAAAAUCAUCCGUCAAAGUGCAGCGUCGAGGGUCCACCGGAAGUAGUAGGCCUAGGCUCACCUUGAACAAAAUGCUUUCGGAAAGCAGUUUGAAUACUUCCAAAUCAACAUUAUUGGCUGCGAAUAAUGCUCUUUGGGGAUCAUCCGAUGCCGAUGCGAAACCGAUCACAAAAGUGGAACAAAGUGGGCUUCUUAUUCUGGACGACACGGAGCAAGAAGAGGGAAAGGAUACGGUGGCACCUCUCAUGGCCUCAUCGAAACCAUACGGCAACCGAAAAAGUCUCUUCAGAAGAGCCGCUAGUCUCAAACGAUUUGGCUUGUCAAAAGGCAACAAUAACAACACGAAAGAUCAUUUCGAUAAUGGGAAUGAUACGACAGGUGGUGGUGGAUCCAACAAUAAUAACAAGGCGACCUCACUGUCCGCACAUUUGGACUCGAGCAGCAGCAACAACAAAACACGACGAAGUUUCUUUCAAAAGGCUGCGACCAUGCGACUAGGAAAGUCCAAGUUGGACGGCUUUGAUGAAAUGUCACUGAACGAUCAGAGUGAUGAGUUUAGUUUGCAUUCAACCAAUCAGCAGCAGCAGCAGCAGCAAAAGGAACCUACUUCUUCCAAUCCUAAUGAUAAUAAGGCACGACCGGGUCUAUCAUCGUUGGGCCAAUCACUGAGACGCCUCAAUGACCUUUCAUUGGAUCGGAAUAAGAACAAUACAAAUGACGAUGGAUCAGGAUCCUUAGGUCACCAGAAUGGAUCCUCCAGUCGAUUUGGAGAAAGUAGUACGGAUUUUUCAGUGGCCUCUCCUACUCUGUGGAGAGAAAACAGUGAAGAAAUGAGACCAGGACUUCAAUUUGCUCCUUCCACGUUGGCAACCAUGCUGACGGAGAAACAACAGAAGCCUCCUCCCCAAAAUCCAACCGCUGCUGAAACGCCUACUGAUGAAGCGACAGCAGACCACCAGCACGAACAGUUCGCACCACCACCACCACCACCCAUUGGACAAUCCUCAACGUGCGAACAGCAAGAGCCCAACGCAAAAGCACCGAUAGUGUCCACCAACGAGGAGAAUGAGAUCAAACCAGACACGAAUAGUGAAGAGUCGUCCGAUCUACCGCAGGAUGAUUCUGCCCCAUUGGCAAGUAAAGAAGAACGACCCAGAAAACUCAAAGGAGGCAAAAACAAGAGCAGAGAAGUCAAAACCAAAAAGAAAAGGCCCAAGAAACGAAUAAGUGUGGAAGAUGACGACGAGAAGACUGAUGAAUUGGGAUCGGACUCGGGGCAUUCCAAGAAUUCCAAGAAAACCAAAAAGGUGCGAAAAAAGAGAAAGGGUGGCAAGAAGCGGAGGGGGUCCAUAUCCGAAAAGGAAGUUGACGAAGCCGAGCUAAACGAGGACAAUGCUUUUGAAGCAGCAGAAGAAGGAAACAAAAGACAAGAGAAGGACCAGUCAGAGCACAACAUAGACGAUACCGAACACACGGAGGUCGAGGAAGAAACCUUACCAGACGAAAACAAAAACGAAAACGAAACCGCUGCCAAAGGAAGCAAGAAAGACACCGAAGAAGCCGAUGAAAUCCAAAGCACAGAUGGAGAUUCCGACAUCUUUUCAAUGGCAUCUGCCAAAAAUAAUGAUGGCGACAUUGCAAAGGGGGAAUCCAAAGAGUCUUUGGUGGACGAAUCGUCAUCCACACCAAAUGGACUGUUGACUAAGAAGAUUACAAAGAGUGAAGACUUCAUCGAACCAACCCCCGAGCAAUCUUCGACGAUUCCACCUGCUCCAAUUGUUAGCUUGCAUCGGAGCAAGUCUCUCAAGAACCCUUUGAUGAAGAAUCAUCUUGGCAGUAACAGUCCCAAACGGCGAAGGGAGCUCGGAAGCCGUUCUCCCAAAUCAUCACGGCCCAAGUCCAAACGACUCAGUGCCGAUACCGAUGGAAGCCGUUCUCCUAAAUCAUCGCGGGCCAAGUCCAAACGAUUAAGUACCGAUACCGAUGACAGUUCCAAUGCUGUAGAUCAUGCUAAUGAGGGUGGUUCGGAUGAAGAAUCAUCCAAAGCCAGCCGGCGACGAAAUAGACUAACUGAACUACAGCAACGCUCUUCGCUGUUCAAAGGGACUGGGCAUCAAAAGACAAGACGAAGGCGGUCCCUUGGAAGCAGCGUAAUGAAACUGACUGGCGAAAAGGGAAAAGGAUACAUAUCCUCCUUUCUUGGUGGCAGUGCCAAAACAACCGGAUAA